AUGAUACCGACCAAUACAGCCAGCGUAUGUUUCAUCUCUCUCGUCCUUCAUCCCAUAACCUUAUCCACAUUUACAGUCAUCGGUCGUGAUCUCGAGUACUUCUCGCAAGCUGGUUUUGAUAUGGACAGGAUCCAGAUUAAACGUAAUGCCCCUGUCGCAUUGCUUUACGAGGAUGCCAUUCGCAACGAAGGCGCCAUCAUCUCUUCUUCUGGUGCCCUCAUUAACUUCUCCGGCAAGAAAACCGGCAGAAGCCCAAAAGACAAGCGGAUCGUGUAUGAGGAGACCAGUAAAGACGACAUUUGGUGGGGUUCGGUCAACAUCAAGAUGGACGAGCACACUUUCGAAAUUAACCGAGAACGUGCUAUCGAUUAUCUGAAUACUCGCGAAAACGUAUAUGUCUUUGAUGGAUAUGCUGGGUGGGAUCCUAAAUACCGCAUCAAAGUUCGUGUUAUCUGUGCCCGAGCGUACCAUGCGUUAUUCAUGCACAACAUGCUCAUUCGACCCACGGAGGAACAACUGGCCGAUUUUGGCGAGCCUGAUUUCAUCAUCUACAAUGCCGGCCAAUUCCCGGCCAAUCGUUUCACAAAGGGUAUGAGCUCCACAACUUCGGUCGAGAUCAACUUCAAGCGCAUGGAGAUGGUUAUUCUUGGAACUGAGUAUGCCGGAGAAAUGAAGAAAGGCGUUUUCUCAGUCAUGCAUUACUUGCAGCCCAUCAAGUUUGGUCAACUUUCACUCCAUUCCUCCGCAAACGUCGGCAUUGAAAAGAAUGAUGUCACCUUCUUCUUCGGUCUUUCCGGAACAGGAAAGACGACACUUUCGGCGGAUCCUAACCGACUUUUGAUUGGUGACGAUGAACACGUCUGGUCAGACACCGGCGUUUUCAACAUUGAAGGUGGCUGUUAUGCAAAGUGCAUCAACCUCUCUGCCGAGAAGGAACCCGAUAUUUUCAAUGCUAUCAAGUACGGUAGCAUCCUCGAGAAUGUCGUCUACAAUCCUGCCAACCGGACUCCCGACUACGAUGAUAUCAGCAUCACCGAGAACACUCGCUGCGCUUACCCCAUUGAGUACAUUCCCAACGCAAAGAUUCCUUGCAUCGUCGACCGUCAACCAAGCAACAUCAUUAUGUUGACUUGUGACGCAUUCGGUGUUCUUCCUCCCGUCAGUCGCCUCACGCCUGAGCAGGCUAGCUACCACUUUUUGGCUGGUUAUACAUCGAAAACUCCUGGCACUGAAGAUGGCGUCCUUGAACCCAUCCCAACCUUUUCAACUUGUUACAGUGCACCUUUCAUCGUUCUUCAUCCUGGCCGAUACGCUGAGAUGCUCGCGGAGCGCAUGGCGAAGCACAAGGUUGAUUGUUGGUUGAUCAACACUGGCUGGACUGGAGGCAAGUUUGGAAGCGGCAAGCGUUGCGCUCUCAAGUAUACCCGCCGUAUCGUCGACGCAGUUCACUCGGGUGAGCUCGCACAGGCAGAGUUCGAGAACUUUGCCACCUUCAAUCUCUCGAUACCGACGGCCCUCGAGGGGGUCCCUCGAGAACUCCUUAACCCUUCCUUGGCGUGGGCUGACAAGGAGGCUUUCCAGAAGGAACUCAGGAAAUUGGCUGGAAUGUUCGGGAAAGCAUUUGCGUUGUAUGAGAACGAUGUUGAGCCCAAGGUUAGGCUCGCUGGUCCUCAGCUUUGA